AUGGCGACGGAAAUUGCACAACGGAUGCGAUAUGUCAAACAGGCAGUUGAUGCUUUACCGAUUCGUUCAUAUAAUCCUCCCGAUGUAGCAACUCAACAAUACGGUUUUAUGAAAUUUGAUGAAAAUGAACUUGAUUCUAAUACACGUCUUUCACAAUAUAUACGAUUAAAUCUUGAAACAAAUGCUGAAACAGUUGUUAAAUUUAUGCAACAAGGUUGGCGUUUACCAACACCUGAUUUAAUUAUUUCAAUAACUGGCGGUGCUAAACAUUGUGAUAUGUCAGCACGUCUUCGAAAAAUUUUUCAACGUGGUUUAGUUGCUGCUGCCGUUACAACAAAUGCAUGGUUGAUUACAGCUGGAACAAAUACAGGUGUUGUUAAAGAAGUUGGUGAAGCACUUAAUAAUUAUCGUUAUAAAAAUCGAAAACAUGGACUUGAUGUACCUUGUAUUGGUAUUGGUAGUUGGGGUUAUACAGCAGGAAAUGAACAACUUGAUGACCAACCUAAUUUAAAUUCUACGAAUAUGAAUAGUAUUAAAUCAACACGUUCGUUUACAAGACAGACUCAAAAUCAAACUUUACAUGCUGUUCGUAUGGAUAUAGCUGAUGAAUAUUGUGUUAAAAAUUAUGUUGUAAGAGAGAAAAAAAAGAAACAAUGUGAUUUAGAACCAAAUCAUACACAUUUUUUAUUAUUUGAUGAUGGUCAAAUAAGUGCUGAUACUGUUCUUCCAUUACGAGCAGAAAUCGAAAAGUAUUCUCGAAAAAUUAAUACAGAUACUAAAACAGAGAAAACAGAAGAAGCAGCAGCAGCAGAAACACUUCUACCAAUAGUUAUGGUUUUAGUUGAAGGUGGUCCAUCAUCAAUUAAAACAAUUUGUCAAGCAUUAGAAUCAAACACUCCAGUUGUAGUUAUCAAAGAUUCAGGUCGUGCUGCUGAUCUUGUUGCUGACUUACAUGCUUGCUAUUAUGAUAGUGAAAAUACUACUGGUGGAUUUCCCGCACGACCAAAAACAGGUCAUGUUAAAGGAGAAUCUCGAGAAUCAGAAAUCAAUGCAAUUUUGACAAAAGCUCAAGCUGAAAAUGAUUGGGUUAAAGAUAUUAAAAGUGAAUUAUGUAAAGCAUUAGAUAAUCACAAACAAUUCGUAACUAUCUUCAGAUUUGAUAGUAAACGACAUAAUGGUAAUCUUGAAGAUGCUAUUCUUGAAGCUUUAUUCAGCGCUGCAAAAUUUUCCGGUGAUGAUAAUGACAAACAUCGACGUAUAGCGGAACUUAAAUUAGCUAUGGCAUGGCAUAAAUUUGAUUAUGCUCAAAAACAUCUUCUUACUGAUAAGACUAUAUCAAAAUGGAAAGAAGAUGAUCUUCGGCGCGCUAUUGUUGAUGCACUUCGUCGUGGACAUGUUGAUUUCGUUGAAUUACUUAUUGAAUUUGGUACACCACUUGAAAAACUAACAGCUGGAGAUCUUGAGUAUCUAUAUAGUAGACAAAUUACUGGUGAUCAAUUACCACUUAAAUACAAAGGAAAAUCAACUACAUCGAUAAAAGAUAAAUUUUAUUUUGAUUAUUUUCGAAAUAUAGGUCAUGUGAAUAUGAAUAACAAUAUAACAUCACUAGAUGAGACCCGACCAUUGGGUGAAGAUGCACCACGUGAUUUAUUUUUAUGGGCAGUUUUUCUUAAUCGAUUUGAACUUGCUACUUAUCUUUGUUCAAAAACUUGGAAUUCAGUAGUAGCUCCAUUAUUUGGUGCACAAAUAUAUAGAAGAGCAGCACGAUUAACACUUGAUUCUGACACAAAACAAGAAUAUGAAGAUAAUGCAACUCAAUUUGAUAUUCAUGCAACAUCAAUUAUCGAUCGAUGUUUUGAGAAUGAUGAAAAUUUUGCUGUUGAUCUAUUAAAACGUCCUACUGCUUCAUUUUAUGAUGCUGAUCCAUUACCAUUAGCAUUAAAAAGUAAUUGUAGAUCAUUUUUGGCAUCAAAAUGUGUUCAAAGAUAUCUUGAUAAUGAAUGGUUUGGAUAUAUUAAUUACAAACGAAAAGCUAUUAAUUUUCGGAUGGCUCGAAGUGCUCGAGAUCAUUCAAAAGUUAGUCAACCAACUAUGAUUCACAAUGUUAUUGAACCUGAAAAACGUAAAAGAAUAACAUGUUCUCCAAAAUUAGAAAAAUUAUCAUAUUUUUAUCAUGCACCAAUAGUACGAUUUUAUUAUUAUAUGAUAUUUUUUGUUUCAUUUCUUGGUCUAUUCAGUUAUGUUCUUCUUGUUGAUUAUUUUCCAUUUAAUAUAUAUAAUGAACGUCGUUCUGGUAUUCAAAAUCUACAUAUACCAAUCACAGAAAUCAUUCUUCAUGUUUGCGUAUGGUGUUUAAUUAUAGAAGAAAUUCGUCAAUUUUUAUUUAUGGAAUCCAAGAGAGAAUAUAUAUCAGAAGUAUGGAAUUGGAUUGAUAUACUCGCAAUAUGUUUAUAUCUUGUGGGUUUUAUUACACGAUUUUUUGUUAUUGAGUCAGUAUUUGCAGUAUCAAAAAUAUUUUUAUGUCUUGAUUUAAUACUUUGGUAUAUACGUACAUUACAUUUAUUUGCUGCUUAUGAAAAACUUGGACCGAAAUUAAUUAUGAUUUUUAAUACAAUGCGAGAUCUGCUGUUUUUCAUUUGCUUUAUUUUUAUAUUUUUACUUGGAUUUUCAAUAGCAUCAUGGUCUUUGCUUGCUACAGAUAAUCAAGUUACUUGGUCAUAUAAUAGCGAUGGAUCAUUAUUUAAUGUAACAUCAGCAGGUGAUGCAAGUGGUCUUUGGUCAUGGGAAUUAUUACGCGAUGUUACAAAUUAUGGUGUUUGGAAAGUUUUUGGACAAGUUGAUCCAAUAGAUGGUACCGAUGCCUAUUCUGCAGUAGCUUUUGUUUUAGCUAUUUUAUUUGUUGCUAUUGCCAAUGUACUUCUUCUGAAUGUAUUGGUUGCCUUAUUUAAUGUAACAAUUCAAAAUGUAGAAAAUCAAUCUCAUCAAAUAUGGCGAUAUCAACGUUUUCUACUUGUUUUUGAAUAUAGUGAUAAACCACCACUCCCACCACCGUUCAAUCCUAUAUAUUAUCUAUUCAGUUCUAUUCGAUAUUUAAUUAGAAAAUUGAAAUCUCUACGUCAGCGACGACGAAAUGUCACUUGUGAGCCUACACCAAUGGAACUAACUACUAUAAAUGGAGAUCGUAUUCAUAAAGCAUUUAAAAUCACUGAUGCCAUGCAACGAGAAAGUGCAAUAGCUGAUGACUAUUGGAGAUAUGCCUUAAAAAAUGGAAGAAAAGAUCAAGUUGAAGUUGCAUUACAAAAUAUUGAACGAAAACUUCAUGAUUUGAAAGAACGCAUACAAAAUAAUACUACUAAUCAACUAUUAAAUAAUGAUAUAUAA